UAAAAAAUAUGCGGAAAGCUAAGAGGGGCGGUGGUGAUCUCCCUAGAAGCUUUCAUAAGAAUAGUAGAGCCUUCAAGAAUGAGUGGAUCUCAGGUGACCUCCUUUGGGACUCUAAGCAAGAUGUUUGGACUGGGCUCAGUGAUGGGCUGAAAUCAUAUUUGUCUAAAAGUGUUGCUUCUAUUAUUUUGUUCAAUGGAGACAGAAUCUUAUUUUCAUGCUCAGGCAUAGCUAUGGAACACCAGUUUUUUACAAAGUUUUUGACUACUGCAACUCUGGUUAGAGCUCUUAAUGCUACGACCAAACACCAUGAUGACUUAAAGAUUCAAGUGCGCCUUGACGGCACCAAACUGUAUGAUGGGUAUAUGGCUGAAUAUGAUUUGGAUAAUGACUUUGCUGUUGUUGAAGUCUAUAAUGUCCGUGAUGUUCAGGUUGGAUCUUUCCAAAGUGCACUGGAAAGUCUGCCCCAUGGUGAGGUAUUAGCUGUAGGGCGUGACACCUCUGGCGAAAUAAUGGUCGAGACUGUGGAGUUGAAUGGCGAUUCAAGGGUAUCUGAGGGUGAUAGAGAUCUUUAUUGUAAAAUCUCAAAGCCUUGGGAAGGUGGGCCGCUUCUUUCUGUUGAUGGGGAUAUGGUUGGCAUGAACCUUUUUUUGACCAAUAGAAGAGCCAUUUUUCUACCAUGGGGCACAACUCUCAAGCAUUACUUGACAUUCGUGCAAAAGAAGACUGGUCUUGCACAAUCAAAAAAAAUGAAGGUUCACAGGCCUGGAGCAUCCAUAGGUGAGAAAUCUAACAGCCAUCCAGAAGUACAUGGAGAUUUUCUUAACCAGGAACAGUUAGAUCUAGACUCCAUGGGUUACCCUAAGUUACCAUCCUCCAUGUUAGGAGCUGGCAUGAUCUUGGUUAAUUCUUUUGAAGACCCUUUUGGCGACAUACAUGGUGAAGGUGUCUGGAGAAAAUUCAGCAAAAGGGCUUCUAUCCUAAAUCGCAAUGUUGUCGCACUGGCUUCAUUCAAUGGAGAAAAAAGGUUUUUUGCAUGCACAGGUUUUUUUAUUGAAUGGAAUGGAUCUAAGAUGAUUUUGACAUCAGCGAGCUUGGUUAGAGAUUCUGGCGAUGAGAACAAGAUUGAUGAAAACUUGAGGAUUGAAGUGUUGCUUAACAACCAAUGCAAAGAAGCGAAGUUAGAGCAUUGCAAUCUACAUUACAACAUUGCUCUAGUCAGUGUCAAGUACCGUGCUCUUCGUCCAUUAAAUACGAGCUUUGAUUGGGAGUCAAGUUCUAGAGUAGCGGCUGUAGGGCGUUGCUUCAAAUCAGGCACAUUAAUGGCUACUAGUGGUCGUCUAGUUCCUUGGUCAGGCACACUUGACUGUGAGUUCCUCACACGUUCCACAUGUAAAAUCACUAAGGCUGGGAUUGGAGGCCCUCUUGUUAAUCUUGAUGGCUAUGUUGUUGGCAUGAACUUCUAUGACACAAGAAUUGGAACUCCUUUCCUGUUAUGGGAAGUGAUCUGCAAGAUUCUAGCAUCGUUUGAGACAAAAAGUGAAUCUGGUGGUGAUAUUGGCAAUGCCUCUGGUGCGUGUUUCUGGAAAAUGCCAAGAGAUGUCAAAAAUAAGGUUAACAGGUGGCCUGUGCCCAAGCCACGCUGGUGCCGUCCUGAAGAUGUUGAAUCUGGAGAUGAUGAUAAGUUAGCUUUUGAUCAUUUUGGCCGGCUUCAAUACAGUUACCAUUUGGGACGGAAAGUCAAGCUCCUUGAUCUCACAAUCCCCAUAUCGGUUCCGAUUAUUGAAGCUAAAUCCACUGAUGAGCCUGGAGUUGAUCCUUUUGCAGAAAGAAAGCAAAAGAAGAAGCGGGUAGAAAAGCAAGGAAAAAACAGAGUAGAGAACUCUGAACAGCUUGAUGUUGGCAAGGCAAUCACAAUGUACAAGGUGAAGAAGGAAAAGCAAAGAAGGAAAGAUAGAGAGAUGUCCUCGAAAUCUGAUAAGCUCAAGCCCCAGAAGAAAUCUUUCAAGAAAUCAUCUAAGAAAAAGGCUUAGGUCACAUCUUUCUUGUGACUUGUUUUUGGAGGUGACCACAGUUUUGAAGGCUCAAGGAGACAUGUUGCAUCUUGCUAUUGUAUUUGUCCGGUUUUAAUCUAUGGGAGAAAUAUUGUUGUUCCUUUUACUGGUUAUGAGUUUUGACAUAGGCCUGAAUGAUGAUAUAACAAGAUCACAAAUCUCUGUUAUGCUGCCCUGCUAUGUGCGUAUUAUAUUUUCAAAUUUUGUUUGGAUGUGGUUUGCAAGUCAUCUGUAUUGAUUCC